CAUCUGGCCGCCGCAGAGUCCCUCUCCCCUUCCCCUUUCUCCACAAGGCUGCUAUGGAAAGCGAAACAAAGUCGGCGUAAAGGGGAAGCGGGGGGGAAAGCCGAGGAGGAUUCAGCGGGGGACGUCGGAGCGUGCUGCCUGUAAGUGGCGCUUGAAAUACGGCGAGCGUGUGGAGAGCUUGAGGGAGCGAGUCAAAAGUAGCUUCCUUAUCCCUAGCAUGACUGUGUUGUGUUAGCUCGCCUUUUUUUAGCAACUGUUGUCAUAGUAGCGAGGCCUAAAGGAAGAAAGGAAAGUCCUAUGGAGGACAUAGCUCCAGUCCUCCACACGCCAGCUUUCUUUCGACGCUCGCCUCCACUUUUAGCCGUUCGUAGCUAGCUUCUCUCCGGGCUCUGCGUGGCUCCUUCACCGGGGGUGUCUUCUUUAUAGCUUGGCCAUCAUCUUCGAACAGAAAAAAUAACUUGUUAAAUCAAAUGUAUGCAUCACCAUUACAUAGGUGGUAGGCUUGUCACUACUACUUUAUUGCUCCGACUUGAAAGAUGGCCACCUGCAGUUAUUUAAAGUGAGCCGUUUGAAAAAGUUUCUCAAGAUCAAAUUGGGACGUUUUCGUCUUCAGACGUAACACAUGCAUUCAUUUUUAAACCAGGGGUUCUCAAAGUUUUAAAGAAAAUCCAAGGACGUAUAUGUAUACUGUAACGACCAACUAUUACUUCUUCAAUUUUUUCAGUUAACGCCACUUGAUGUAUUCAAUUUUUUUAUCCAUCUGCCUCACCGAUUGAAAGGUCGACAGUCAGCACAGAGCUUUUAUAAGUUAUGGAGCAGUAAUGGGUGGAGUGUUUGUUUUGUCGGCGUUCUGGCCCUCAUAUGUACGAAGUUAUUCAGAAUAGAACUGAUGUCAUAAAAUCUAAACUACAAUUUUUUACCUCUCAAGUAAUUCCCUCCUUUAACGUGCUUUUCCAGCCUCCACUAUCACACUUUCAUGUAUUCCUGGAAGGAUUCUUAUGGAAUCCUUCACAGCACCGUCAUCACGGCCAACUAGUUGUGAUCCACAUCUUCCAAACGGGCCGGGCUUAAUGACCCUAUUGGGCUUGGGGUAAAAAAUCACACAGGGGCAGGUGAGGAGAAAGUUGUUUCAGCAACUCGUAUCGGGAGCUAUCCAAUGCUCAGUGCAGUGUGAGCAGGCAUAACUGAUUAAUUGGCUGAUCAAUUUAAAAUAGUUCUAAUGAGAAAAAAAAUCUUCUUGGAUUCUUGAAUGUUGACAACAAUAAAGGUAUGAAUUUCAGGCAGAACAUCAAAACUUUGUAUUUCACCGGACAACAACAAAAAACAAAACAAAUUGCAAACUAGUAAUGAAUUACCUAAUAAUUACUAAUGAAAUAUAAACGUAUAUUGGGAUUUUUCACCUGUUUUGGAUGCUUUUGGAUCACUAAAUAUGUCCCGGUUGAACAUCAUCAAUAUUCCUGCGAAAGAAAAUUAAAGCAGAUGUUUCAUAAUUUUCAAAAUUCACGUGUGCACCAUGUUGAUGAUGCCAAAAAAGUUGUACACAUUAGAUGUCUUAAAGCUCCAUUGUUGCCUCGUAUCGUAGGUUGCCUGGGCGGGUGGGGGUCUGGAAUGAAUGAGCGUCGCCGGAGCGUGAAAAAGUGGCAAACAAUAUCAGCUACGUGUGUCUGUCAGUCGCAAAUGUGCCUUUUGUCUCAGAGGGAGACGAAACGCUACUCGAAACAACUUGCUGGCCGUCAUUUGGCAACUUUUGGGUGCUUACGUUUAGGCUGGAUUUGAAAAAAAAAAAACAGUGCUGCUGCUGCUGUUAGUCGCUCAUGUCGUUUCCCAGCUAGAGAAAGACAAGAGAGAGAAAAGGGGGGGGGGGGAGAGGCGACAAAGUUGUUGGUUGAAAUGAAAGAGGAGUCUGGUGGCAGGAGUGUAGAGGAGGCAGCAUAUGGCUGUAGAAAGAGCACAGCUGGAGGUAGCAUCUCCAUCUGAGGAUGAUGUCAGAGCAGCUGACAGGCUGCCAUCCACCCACACCCCUCCUCCCUCCCUGGCCCUUUAUUGUGAGACAGCCUGGGAGAGUUAGUGUGCGUGUGUGUGUGUGGCAGUUAGUAGCAGGCAAGAGGAGGAGGAGGUGGGAGGUGGUAUCUGGUUCCCCCUCCAACAUCUCGGCCACUUUGCAUCUGUCCCUCGCACUUUCAACAGACAGGCGAGAGAAGCAAAGGACGGACGAGCAAGCGAGAGGGAAAGCGAGAAAGAGAGUGAGCGCGCACAAGUCACAGAGCUCCGGCUCCUCGGCCACGCUGGACCUCAUCGAGUGGAUGCGGACCGCUGCAGGUUAUGAGGACAGCAGGAUGGAGUUUCCCGACCACAGCCGACAUUUGCUCCAGUGUCUGAGCGAGCAGCGGCACCAGGGCUUCCUGUGCGACUCCACGGUGCUGGUGGGCGAGGCGCAGUUCCGCGCGCACCGCGCAGUGUUGGCCUCCUGCAGCAUGUACUUCCACCUCUUCUACAAGGACCAGCUGGACAAGCGCGACGUGGUGCACCUCAACAGCGACAUUGUAACGGCACCAGCCUUCUCGCUGCUGCUGGAGUUCAUGUACGAAGGCAAGUUGCGCUUCCAGGACCUGCCUGUGGAGGACGUGCUGGCCGCCGCAUCCUACCUGCACAUGUACGACAUCGUCAAGGUGUGCAAGAAGCGGCUCAAGCGCAAGGCCACCGCCACCGAGGCCGACAGCACGCGGCGCGAGGACGACGGCGCCGGCUCCAGCUGCUCCGACAAGGCCGACAGCUUCUCGGAUGGCUCGCCAGGCCGGCCCGCUGCUGCCGCCGCCGACCUGAGCGACGAUGAGGACGAGGGCAAGACGACGGCGGCGGCGGCGCUUUGGCUGAGGAUGCCUUCCGCUGACAGGCCCGGAACGCCGGCCGCGGUGGCCCCAGCCAGCCCGUGCCACGGCGAGGCCGACGUCAAGCCGGCGUCGCCCGCCGGGAGCCCAUCCAGUUCUACCGGAUCCUUUUCGCAGAGGUCACAGCGCUCGCGAAGCCACCGCAGCAGGUUGUCCAGCGACGCCACCGACUGCGUCUUGGACUUGUCUGUCAAACCCACAGCGGUCGUCAACCACCACGCCGGCUACUUUGGCAGCGGCUCCCCGCCGGACAGCCUCCGCAGCCCACCAGCCAUCAGGGUAAAGGUGGAGAGGAGCGCGGCGUCGGACGAGGACGAGGACCUGGCUGGCGGGGACUACGAGAUGGAGCACAGCGGCAAGACGGCGGGGCACGGCGGUGUGGGCGGCCCCCUGUCGGCGCAGCGGCGCCUGGGCCUGGAGGCGCACCUGUCGGCCUUGCGCGAGGCCUCGCUGGCGUCGGAGCUGGAGCGCGACGACAAGCCGCCCGGCGACGAGGUUCCGGCCGAGGCGUCAGCGGGCGGCGGCGCUGACGGUGCUCUGCUGCCCUACGUGUCCAACAUGCUGGCACCACCCCACACACAGAUCUUCAUGUGCCCGCUGUGCAACAAGGUGUUCCCCUCGCCGCACAUCUUGCAGCUGCACCUGAGCUCGCACUUCCGUGAGCAAGAGGGGGUGCGCUCCAAGCCGGCCGGCGGCGACGUCAACGUGCCCACGUGCACCAUAUGCAGCAAGACCUUCUCCUGCAUGUACACGCUCAAGCGCCACGAGCGCACGCACUCGGGCGAGAAGCCCUACACGUGCGCCACCUGCGGCAAGAGCUUCCAGUACUCGCACAACCUGAGCCGCCAUGCCGUGGUGCACACGCGCGAGAAGCCGCAUGCCUGCAAGUGGUGCGAGCGCCGCUUCACGCAGUCGGGCGACCUCUACCGGCACAUCCGCAAGUUCCACUGCGAGCUGGUCAACUCGCUGUCAGUCAAGAGCGAGCCGCUGGCGCUGCCCAACGUCAGGGACUGGGCCAUCGAGGACAGCUCGCAGGAACUCUGGAAGUAGACGCGCCCGCCGUUGCCCUGCGCCGGCGUCGCCUUUCAAAGCGCCGCCUCUUGACCUUUUGUCCAGCCCCGGUGCAGCUUCGGAAAAUGAUCAAAAUGGCACAAAAAGUACAGUUGACAGAUAGCCCCUGCUGAGAAUAGCGCCGCCCCCCCCCCCCCCCCCCUCCAUGCAAGUAAUUAACGAAAGGAUAUUUACCAGUGAACCCCUAUCUGUCACGGUGGGUCAUUCCAGACCUGCCUGUGAAAAUCAGUGAAAAGUUCAUAUUAGAGUUGACGCCAAUUUGUGCUUUUUUAUUAGUGGCAUCAUGCACAAAAGCUGCUGAUUCCAGGGAAGAAAAAGGUGAUUAUACAAAUAACAAACCUCAAAGGGGGUGGGGGGGGUGCGGGGGUUCACUGCAUGUAAAUUGAUAUCAGGAGAAAUCUAGCUGCCUCUCAAUUUACUUGCACGGGUUAAUUGUACCUGACACCAUCUAGUGGAAGAGUACAUCAUUGUCCUGCCCCUCACUAUACGUGGCCGGCGGCUUCGAUAGAUAAACGAUGAAACGAGAUGAAAUGGCGUGAAGAGAUGCUCAUUUUGGGCUGACAUGAGGCUGCACGGCGGUUGGGAAUUCGCCUUUGAAGGGGGCGUGGCCAUCCAAGUGAGUCUUGCACUUUAAUAGCACAUGAACACGUUACUACUGAAUUGGGGGUGGGGGGGUUGGGUCGGGUCAUUGCAUUCUCAGUGUCGCUGAAGGUCUGGCGUUUCAACUUUUCAUUUCCGUCUCUCAUCUCACCACUCGGCCAGCGAUACGCUUAACGGGUAUCACCAUGCAUCCUUCGAAAGAUGUGUGUGCAUGUUUGGUUGCGCCUGUGUGUGUGAGAGACUGUGUGUCCGUGCAUGUGUAUUCAUGAUGUUCCAUUGGCACGGUGGCGAGCGAAGCGUGUUGCCUGUGACGUGUUCAGGGAGCGACUGACAACGUGAAAUGUUGGCACUCAUGCAAUGCACAGCCUCUUUUUUUUCUUGUUUCCAAUCAGUUUGAAGUAUUUUCUAACAUUUUACAAAUGAUUUACUGAUAGUUUUCUUCAAUCUAGUUGGCAGACCGUUUUGUUGAGGAAAGUAUUUAAUUUAAGGUUGUAAAUUGUUCUGUUAUAGUUUAAAUUCAUUUAUGAUUAUUAUUAUUAUGAAUAAUUUUAUUGGAAUUUUUUUCCCCUUUUUUUUUUAACUUGCUGUUGUUGCAUGACGUCCACACUUGUAUAUUUUAAGAUUGUUUUUAAGACAAUAAUGUGAAUUUGCUGUGUUACUGUACACAUUGUAAUUGAUCAAAUUUGACUUUUUUUUUACAUAUUUGUGAAUAUACGACUACUACUACUACUACUCCAGGGUGAAGCCAAGCUGACUACGACUGGUGGGGGAGGGGGGAAAACUUAGAGGAUUUUGUCCUUAAAAGUUGGAAAUUUGUGGGUGGGAAAUGUUGCUGAAGCUUUUGAAGCUGGUGUCAAUGUGUGCACUGAUCUCUGCUGUGUGUGUGUGUGUGUGUGUGUGCGUGACAAAAAGCACCUUUUUAAGCUAUAUUUUAAACAAGAACGUUAAAAUAUAUGCGUGAAAGAUGCCUUUUAAGUCCCCAUUUGUAAUUGGACAUGUUUUUGUUUAAAAAAAAAAAGAAAAGAAUUUAUCCAAAACAUCACUGGAGUUGUUUUCAUCAGAGCAGAGUUUUAAAAAAUUGUGGGGGUUUUGUUUUUUUUGUUUUUUUUAAACAAAAUUUUUAGUAUUGGGGGGGUGGAGCUCAGUUUGGGAUUUUAAAAGAAUCGUAAAGCGUUUAUACAAUCCAAAAAAACAAAGGAGUUGCUGAACGCACCAGACCUCAAUGUGUGCGUGUGUGCCCCAAACCCGCCCAGCCAUCUGACCUGCUGCGGUUUGCAUCAUUACUGCUGUCGUUUGAUUUCUUUUCUGGUUUUACUUGACCGCCUUAAACUGCUGUAGUCCAUGCUGAUUGUUCUUAAGAUUUUCUUUUGGAAUUAUUAUUAUUUUAAUUUAAUUGUAUUUGUAAUAAUUUAUUUGCGAGUGUCAGGCUGUGAACUAACCACACUUCAACUAUUUUGCCGUGUUUACUUGAAAACAAGGAGUGUGGGACUGUGGGUGUUUUUUUUUUUUUUUUUAGAAAAUAAAUGUUUAUGGGGGGCUUCAAAUGUCUGGGGGUAAAAGGACAAUCACCAUCUGGGGGAAUAAAAACAAGCAAUUACUUUUUUUCAGAUCUAUUUGCGCCCCUGUUGAGAUUAAAUACAUUUGUUUUAGUUUUACAAUUCAUUUGAAAUUGAGUUUUAGUCAUUUUUAGCUUUGACAAUCAUAGUUUAUUUUUCUCAAGGGGAAGUAAAUUCAAAUUGUGUUUAGUUUUGGUCAUUUCCGGUGUGCUGUUGACGUUAACAUUUUUCAAUUGUGUGCAAACUGCAAUAAAUUAUCAGAUUCUUCA